AACAAAUGCAGUGACAAAAGAGUGAGUGAUUUAGAUUUGCCAUCAAAUUAGACAAUAAUGGUUUGGAUUAGCGUUUGAUUAUAAGUUUUGUGACACUUUAUGUCCAUAUAAUGAGCGCUUUGUCUAUCAGUUUGGAUGCAUUCAAGAAGAAAAUCGAAGAGGCGGUAGUAUUGGUGCCGACGCUAUGCGCCGAAGAAAAGCUAAAAGCCGUCCAAUACUGGAAUGUGGUCUCAGAACGACUCCAAGAGAUCGUCAACAAUAGCGCCGCCGAUAUCAACGCAUUGGCCACGCGUUUGGAUCAGGACGACCACACUCUACCUCAACCAUCACAACCACCACUACUUCCUCAUCAGUCACAACAUCAACACAAUCCCAAACAACAAAUAUCUCCUCCGCAGCCAUCGGUUUUGCUGAUGGACUCGAUGUGCGCCACCGCUGACGGCUCUUCCAGUGAUAAACCAGAACUAUAUCUGCCUAUGAUUUCCCAUUCAAAUAGCGGUCACCACAACUCGGCCACCAUUAGUGACAACUCAAUCAAAUCCAAUACUAAUAGCAGUAAUCAGAUGUCACAGGAGUUCCAGCAGUCAGUGUUGACCAGCAAUGGUGUGGUCGAGACAAUCACUGCCGAUGAAAGGGAUGUGAUUGACGAGCACUUGGCGUCUGUCAUCACUUCAUACCACGAAUCGGAAACCAGCGAUGGAGUCGAUGGCCAGAAGUCAUCCUCUCAUCAGUUGCUGAUAGCCUUUGAAAAACAACCGAAAGAAUCUCAAGAAGAGUUCCAACAGUUGACUCAACAGCAGAUUAUGAACGGCAGACAUCACCAAUCGGUUGUGGACACGAAUUCUUCGGCCACUAGUGUUAUACAAGAAUUGGAUCAGAAUCUGAUAACGAGUCAAAGACGUAAUGUUAUUCAAUCGACACAAAAGGCUAUCGAAGCGAUUGAGAAGAAUCUGCAGAACUGUUGCCAAGAAUUUGAGACAAAGAAUAGACUUCAGUUCAACACAAAUUGUGAUAAUACAUGUGAUGAGAACGCCAUCAGUGAUAGUAAUCUGAUUCAAGUGAUUGAAACCAUAGAUGAAAGUCGUGGUGAAAGCAGUGGUGGAGUCGCUAACCAUAUGUUUAACGAGACCUCAUUUGAUGUCAAUUCUUAUGACAGCAGUUCCAACUGCGAAGACACGGAUCAGAAUAGACCAAAGUUUAGUAUUGAUGAGAAUCUGACCGACAGUCAGUCUUCGGCUGUAAAUGUGGUCAACAAUAAUCAGAAGACCAAUAAUAAGGCAAAGAAGACAAAACGAAAGCUAAAAAUUAUUAACAAUAAAACAAAACGCGCGGACAAGAAGUGUUUGGUGAGCAUUGAAAGCGCGGACAUCGAUGGAAAGGGUUCCGUCGAGUGCGAUGUCUGUAACAAAAAGUUGGUCAACAACUCGGCGUUGGAGACACACAAAUGGAUUCACUCGAAGCCAUACGCGUGCGGCGAAUGUGAGGCUCGAUUCUCAACGAAAGGCAAUCUAUUGGUUCAUCAGAGGAGACACACCGGCGAAAAGCCGUUUGCCUGCGACCGAUGUCCGGCCAGUUUCUCCACGAAAGGCAAUCUUAAGCGACACAUCAAAGCACACAGCGGUGAGAGGCCGUGGAAGUGCUCGCAAUGCGAUUCCAGGUUCACCGAAAAGAAGAGCCUGAAAGUGCAUAUGCGUCGCCACACCGGCGAAAAGCCAUACCAGUGCUCGGUAUGCGGCAAAUCCUUCUCCCAGACGGGUGUCCUCCAGACCCAUAUGGCUCUACAUCUGGACGAACGCAAACAUCUGUGCGAACUCUGCGGCAAAGCGUUUCGCCAGCGCUCGCAGUUGCGGCUCCACGUCCUCCGACACGAGGGCGUCAAACGGUGGGACUGUUGCGACUGUGAGGCCAAGUUCCUGACCAAAGGUGAUCUGGAGAGACACCAUCGCGUGCACACUGGCGAACGCCCAUUCGUGUGCGAUCUCUGCGGUAAGACAUUCACCCGACAGCAGUCACUCAACGAACACUCGAACCGUCACUACGGCCUCAAACCGUACGCCUGCACCGUCUGCUCAAAAACAUUUGCCGAAAUGAGCGCAUGUUAUAAGCACAUUAAAGUCCAUAAAAAGCAACAAUCGAUUAACAAGAAUAUGAUAAACGAUGUAUCGGUGAAGACAACGGCUAAAGAGAUGGAUAUUAGUAACUGUUUGUCGGCUAAGAGUGACAUAAAACCUAAUACAAUGCGCUCUCAAAUCAACGUCAUUCAGUCGACCGCCAGUUCGGCGACCAAAGGCUUAAUAUACAACAAUCCAUGCGAUGGACAGAUCGAUAGCAAUACUAACGCGUCAAUCGAUGAUUCGGUCAACACUUCGAGUAAUAGUAAUAAUAUAAUUGUCGGCAAUAGUAAUGAUAGCAUAGAAUACGUUGACUUCGGAGCCAUUAAUUUGUUGGCUAACACUUCCACUCAAUAAUUGAUUCAAACUAUUAUUUGACAUAUUUAUUGCAUUGUAUUAUAUAUUUAAGGUUAUAUCAAAUCCCAAU